GGCUCCUCUGCUGGAAGACAGCACUUAAUUUUUAAAGCCGAAGGUCAAACACAUUAGCUAGCACUAAAACACUCCAAUUAUAUUCAUUAAAUUCAUUUGAAGACAAUCUUAACAGAAUACUAAAGAAAUGCUACAAAGGGCAGCUUCAAAUGCCUCAGACAAACCUAAAAACAUUAAACCAAAGCGAUCCACCAGCUUUGGAAAGUUUGACCACUUCAGACAUCAGCAAUCACUUGCUGAGCUCGAGGAAAACGGAACAACUAUGCCAGAGAGUGAGUUGGGAGUGGAGAACACUGACAAGCAGAAUGGCUUGGGGAAGAAGAUGAAGGCCAUCUCAUUGAACAUGCGCAAGAGGAUGUGCAAAAGGCAUGCCAAAUCCUGCUCCGAGGAGGCGGGUGACCACGCGGACAGAGUGUCUGAUGGGGAGACAGACAGUAGCUCUCCAGUGCAGAAGACCUCAGACCAGAGCAGCAACAUGUUAGAAAGCCUGUACACGCGACAGAGCUCUUCAGGUGGUGAGACCAGCAGCUCUGACAUGUCCAAUAACAGGGACAGCCUAAGGUUGGAGGAGGACACGCCCUACACAGGCCAGUUCUGUGGCCAAGCCAGAGUGCACACAGACUUUGUGCCCAGUCCUUAUGAUUCCGACUCCCUCAAACUUAAGGUUGGGGACAUUAUCAAUAUCAUAAGCAAACCCCCAAUGGGAAUAUGGACUGGCAUGCUAAACAAUAAAGUAGGAAAUUUCAAGUUUAUCUAUGUGGAUGUGCUGGAUAAGAAACAGGAGACAGAAGAGGAGGCUCCAAAUAUCAGGCCUCACAGAGUGUCGAAGAGACCUCGACCCAAAACUCUGCUGGAAUUAUUGGAGAGGCUUCAUCUUGAGGAACAUGCCUCCACAUUGCUCUUGAAUGGCUAUCAGACAGUGGAGGACCUGAAGCAUUUGAAGGAGAAGCAUUUGAUUGAACUGAACGUGACUGAUCCAGAGCAUCGGCGCAAGCUCCUAGCCGCCUCUGAAGUCAUUUAUGACAUGAGCAGAGAUGACCUGUUGGAGACGAAGGUCGAUGAAGAGGAUGAGGAGGGUAACGACUGUCCUAGAGACUCAGGCUGCUUCAUUCCAACAGAGUGCACAGACAUGGUCAGGGAAGAUGCAGAAACACAGUCAUCUACUAUGUAAUAUGUUUUUCCUCUUAAAGGUCAUGUUGCAAUAAACACUGAAAAACGAGGAUUAGCAUAGCUCGGAAAACUCCCAUUUGAUGUCUUGGAGUAUAUUUUAAUUUUUUUGUCUGUGGGUAUUUACCUACAUUCAUAAUUCUAUAAGUGUAUAGCUCAGUAGGCCUAUAUCAAGAUACUGGGCGUAUUAUGUAUUUUAUAUUCUUUUCAUCAUUUCUGUUGAUUGUUGCACAUUGGGUGUCUUGUGUGAACAAUUUACACUUAACAAGUUACUAAUUAAUGAAAUCCUAUUGUAUAUGCCUUCUUAUCAAUACUAUGUGUUAAUAAAUUAUUUAUGUUUCAUUUA